UGCGUCUGAGCUGCCGAUUAGGCUGAUCAGACCCGGAGCUACGAUGCAGUGACAGUCUUCAGGAAGACACACACAGACACACACACGCACACAUACACGCACACACACUCACAGACAGAGCGAGAAAGAGAGAGGGAGGGAGGAGGACGUGGAGUGAGAGAAACAGACGAAUGCGCACGGGAGAUGAUCCGCUCCUAGACUAUGGCACCGUCGGGCUCGCGUGGUAUCAAGUGGGGCUGCUGGAGAGUUUUGUACUGGAUCCCGGUCCUCUUCAUCGCCCUCAUAGUGGCAUGGUCGUACUACGCCUAUGUUCUGCAGCUUUGCAUAGAGUCAAUCGAAGACACAGGAGAGAAGGUCGUGUACUUGCUGGUGUACCAUGUCAUUUUUAUCAUGUUUGUGUGGGCUUACUGGCAAACUAUCUUCACCAAGCCCAUGAACCCCCUGAAGGAGUUUCACCUGUCCUACUCUGACAAAGAGCUGCUGGAGCGUGAAGAUCGGGGAGAGUCUCAGCAGGAGAUCUUGAGGAGGAUAGCCAAGGAUCUGCCCAUCUACACCCGCACCAACUCUGGAGCAAUCCGGUUCUGUGACCGCUGCCAGCUGCUGAAGCCUGAUCGAUGUCACCAUUGUUCAGUCUGUGAUAAAUGCAUCCUGAAGAUGGAUCACCACUGCCCCUGGGUGAACAACUGUGUGGGAUUCUCCAAUUAUAAGUUUUUCAUGCUGUUCUUGGCAUAUUCACUACUCUACUGCCUUUUUGUAACUGCUACAGAUCUGAAAUACUUCAUUAAAUUUUGGUUGAACGGCCUGCCAGACACUCAGGCGAAGUUCCACAUCCUGUUCCUCUUCUUCUCGGCCUCCAUGUUCUCAGUGAGCCUCGCUUCGCUCUUCAUCUAUCACUGCUGGCUCGUCUGCAAGAACAGAUCCACUCUUGAGGCUGUGCGUGCCCCAGUGUUUCGUCACGGCACAGAUAAGAACGGAUUCAGUCUGGGCUUCAGUAAGAAUUUCCGCCAGGUGUUUGGUGAUGAAGUCAAAUACUGGCCCAUUCCCAUUUUCUCCAGUUCAGGAGACGGUUGCUCGUUCCCUGCAUGCCUGGUGAAUCUGGACCCUGAGCAACCGUCAUCGCCCACCGACUCCAACCCUGCCAGCAAGGCUGCAGCAGACGGUCGCCAGUUCCCCUCCAAGCCGCUGAGGGAGAGUCAGAGUCGGCUGCUCACGAGCACCCCCUCCUGGUGUGAGAGUGACAGUGCAGCAGACAAGGACAAGAAGGGUGCAAGUAACCCGGGGAUGACCAUAGAAAACGAGGCGUAACCAGAGAUAGAGUCGACACCUUCUAUCCAGAAAAGUCUAUGCUGCCCCUUCUUCAGUGUUCGUGCCUACCAGAAUGUAACGUGGUGGUGACAUCAUCGAUAUUUGUUGUUUCCCAUAAUGCACCCUGCUUCUGAGAGGUUCACAUGACUGACACAUUACAUCUAAACCUGAGAAAAACUGGUAAUUAUUAUCACCUGUGUUAUUAUGAGCAGGAUUGUCCGCUGCUAUCUGAAAGUGAUUGAGCCUCCGAACAAGAGGAUUCAAGUUAUAACUGCAUUCCAGCAAUCAGAUCUCCUUUCAUUUGUAUAUGAAUAAGCACAGAGCAGCGAUGGAAGAGGGGAUGUUUUGCACUUUGUAUACUAGGAAAUCAAUCGGGGCUGCUUUUGUAUGUCACAGAAACUCUCAGAAUGAUCUACAACAGUUGUACUAGUAGUGGUGUUAACGUGAUGUAUUUGACAUUCCCUGCACUCAUUUUAUUCCAGUGAAGGUUUUUUUUUUUUUUUUUUUUUGGAGGAGGGGUGUGGGCAGGUUUUCAACCCCACAAUGUUGAGUGUCGUGGGACUUUAUGCAUGCUUUCAUCUCAGGAUGUCAACACAAACACACCUUGUUGUUGUGAACUGUACCACAAGAUGUUCUCCCCCUUUUUUGCUUGGAAACCAACCAACGUGUAGUAACAUAGUAAUUACAUUGGAACAAGGGCUCUUCUGACUCGUCGCGGCAUGAGCGAGGAUGUUGUCGCCACACAAGAAACACCUGAAAUCUGGUGCUGCAACAUCUGGUGGUCUAAACUGCCGGCCAAAAAGCUUCCUGACUGUUUUAUCUCCGGAGGGCUGGCCUCCGCGUGAUGCUGCACAUCCCUGUCACCAUCAACAACAAAAAAAAAAAGCAGAUACUGUUGAGUGUUUUUUUUCUAAAACUCACAAAUAUGAUGUUGUGGAUGUAUUGCCGAGCAAAAAAGAAAAAAAAAGAGAUACCUGCUCCAGCUGCUUUGUACAGUAUAUUUUCACCUUCUGAGGAUUCUGUCUUUUCUCAUUCGGGCUGGAAAAUGAUCAAACCAUGACUGUAAAAAUGAUUUGAGAAUGUAUGCUUGUUUAAAAAAAAGAAAAAAAUCGUCAUGGUGACAGUCGUGUCAAUCUAUAUUUUUCUAUUCUUCUGUCUGUACGACUCAAGAGACAAUAUGGAUGUGUGGGGCAAUGUACUGAUGUACUGUACA